AUGGCUCGCUUCCACUGGACCCUCGCUUGCGUCCUGGCGCUGCUGCUGCUGGCCCUCGGGGCCGCCCUGGGCACCCCCCUCAGGGCCAGCGGCCUGACCGCCGCCCGCCAGCGCCGCGCCCUGGUGGAGCAGCCUGCUGGCGGUGCGGCACGCUUUGUCGCGGCGGACGGCGUGGGCUUGCACGGCCGCGCCACCGGCCCUAUCGCCGGCCUUGGUGGUCGCGUCUUGGCCGUGGGCACGCGGGGCCGGGCGUCCCGCAGCCUGAAGGGCGAGCGGGGCAUUGCCACCGCCAGGUCCAGCACCGAGGCUGCCACCCGCCGCCACCGCAUCAAGGGGCGCAGCAUGCUUGGCCGUGGCCGCACCGGCUCCAGCUAG